CCUUGUCCCUUACCCCAAAUGCAGGAAACGUCCCUGAGCAGAGGGACAAGCUUCUCGUCUUUUCCACUUGGUUCUUCCCACCACGGAUGUGUGGGGCACUGCAGCCCCCUCUGGCUCUCAGCAGCCUCUGAAAAUAUUCAUCCAGGAGCCCUGGAUGAUGUCCUGAGCCUCUUGGUCCCAUUUGGUGCCCGGCAGGGACAGGCACAUCCCCACACCUGCACCAGCAGCCCCCUGUGCCCAUCAGUGCACGCUCAGCCCGUGUCCUCCCCGCUGCAGAGGCAGCAGCUGAGGCGAGUGGAGAUUCAAGGCACGUGUCAGAGAAAAAGAGACUUUUUCAUCCCGCUGAGCAUUGUGUGGUGUCCGGCGGACGCGCAGCGAAACCCUGCCCCAUUGCAUUUGGUGUUCAGCGAACGGCUUGAUUUCGCAGUGGCCUCGUCCGCCAGAGGAAGCAAGAAAUUAAAGCAGAGCCUUUCCUGCCAUCAGAGUGGGUGGACGCCCCGAGGCCCUCCGGUUUGCAGGUUUGCUCCUCUCUGCCCCCACUUUGCCGUGCUUCUGUAGAAGAAUUUCCUGUGCCCAGGCCACACAUUAUGCUUCGCCUCUCUCUUGCUCUGCUGCUUUAGCUCGAGCAUAGCUCUAAGUAAGGCUGCUGAUUUUAAUUCUUUAUAUCUUAACUUCCUCUUCUUCAGUCCUGCUGCAUUUCAGAGACCUGUUUGCAAGUCACUGCUGUGUUAAGAACCCAUCCAAACAGAGCAGUGUCUCUGGGCCCAUCUCUGAAGACUGAUGAAUGGAUUGAAAUGGAGCAAAAUUCAGGGGGUUUUCCCCCUCUUAAUCUCCAGGAAAGUCAGGUUGGAGUAACUAGAGCUGAGGGAAGGGAUCAGUAAAAUGACCCAGAGCAGCAUCUGAGGCAGAAAGUCUUGCGAGCUGGAAUCAAUAGGGAAGGUAAUAUCCUUGCUGGAAGGGGCACCGUGUAUUGUUAGCGCUGGGUAAACACUGCAAUAAGAGCCCCGUGUUGCUCAAUAACUAACACUUGUUUUCUCCCUGCUGCCCACAAAGACCCAGACUCCUUCCUGAAGUCCGCACGUCUCCAGCGCCUGCCCUCGUCCUCCUCAGAGAUGGGCAGCCAGGACGUGUCCCCUCUCCAGGAGACCAGCAAGGACCCUUUCUCUGGAGACUGCAGCUGCCGGCAGGAUGGGCUGACCGUCAUCAUCACCGCCUGCCUGACCUUCGCCACGGGGGUGACGGUGGCCCUCAUCAUGCAGAUCUAUUUUGGGGACCCUCAGAUCUUCCACCGUGGUGCCGUGGUCACGGACGCUGCCCGCUGCACGGCCCUGGGCAUCGAGGUGCUCAACAAGCAGGGCUCCUCGGUGGACGCGGCCAUCGCCUCGGCCCUCUGCGCCGGAAUUGUCAACCCCCACACCUCGGGGAUUGGUGGGGGUGGGGUGAUGCUGGUCCACGACAUCCGCAAGAACCGGAGCUGGGUGAUCGACUUCCGCGAGGUGGCUCCCCUGGGCAUCCCGCUGGAGGGAGACCUGCAGAAGGACACCAAGCCAGGGCUGCUCGUGGGGGUGCCAGGCAUGAUAAAAGGAAUGCACCAGGCGCACCAGUUACACGGGAGACUCCCAUGGUCCAAGCUGCUGGGCCUCGUGGCCAGUGUUGCCCAGGAUGGGUUUAACGUCACCCACGAUUUGGCCAAAGCUGUAAGUGAGGUGAAGGACCUGAACUACUCUGACAAAUUUCGGGAGAUCUUCCUGCCGGACGGGGAGCCCUUGCUGCCUGGCAUGUUGGUCAGGCGCCUGGACCUUGCGGCCGUCCUGGAGCUGGUGGGUGCAGAAGGGGUGUCAGCAUUCUACAGCGGAAACCUGACCCAGGAGAUAAUCUCCGAGGUCCACAGCUACGGAGGAGUCCUGGUGGAGGAAGACUUCAGCAAUUACAGCGUCACAGUGGAGAAUCCUGUCCACACAGUCUAUCGAGGGCAUCUCGUUUUCAGCCCCCCACCUCCCCAUGCAGGCCCCGCGCUGAUGACAGCACUGAACAUCCUCGAGGGCUUUAACAUCACGAGUCAAGUAUCCAGGGGGAAUACCUUGCACUGGAUGGCAGAGACAUUAAAAAUAGCCCUGAGUCUAGCUAGCAACCUGGGAGACCCAUCUGAUGAUGUGUCCGUCGCUCACGCUGCAGAAGGCAUGGUGAGUAAAUCAGAAGCUAAUUCCCUGCGCCAGCUGAUUAACGACUCCCAGUCCUUCUCCUCUGAUCUCCGCUUGCCUCACUUCUCCGUGGAGAGCGGACCCGCUGCAAGCCAGGUUCUUGUCAUGGGACCUGAUGACUUCAUUGUUGCGGUUGUAAGUUCUUUGAAUCGUCCCUUUGGCAGUGGCAUAAUAACACCCUCUGGAAUCAUCCUCAACAGCCAGAUGUUGGACUUCUCCUGGCAAAAUAAAACAACGAACCACUCCAUUCCCAGGCCGCAAAAUCUCAUUCAGCCUCGGAAACGGCCCCUGUCUUUCCUGUUGCCCACCAUCGUGAGACCCUCCGAGGGGAUGUGUGGGACGUACCUGUGUCUGGGAGCUGACAACGGGGACAGAGCCUUGAGCAGCAUCGUCCAGGUUUUGGUAAACGUUUUAACAUUCAACAAGAAUCUGAGUGAAAGUUUGUCACUUGGUCGACUUCACCCACAGCUUCAGUCCAACACCUUGCAGGUUGACAGUGAGUUUCCUGAAGAAGAUAUUGAAUUUCUUGUGGCCAGGGGCCAUGAAGUGGAGAAGGUCAAAGUGGUCUCCCUCGUUCAUGGGGCCAGGAGAACCAACAGUUUCAUCAUCGGCCUGAAGGACCCCAGGAGCGUGGAUGCUGCUGGAGCCACGAUAUUGUAGCACCUCCCGGGACACGGCGCAGACAAACCACCCCGUGACGUGCAUGUUCUGAAACGGCCCCUUCUCCCUCCCGGGGCGGGAGCCCCACACACACGCUGCUGAGAAGCCGUUCCACAUCCCCCCUGCCCCAGACCCACACCAGGGGGGCUACAGCACCAACACCCAGUGCUCUGAUUUUUUGGGGUUUUUUUUCAAUUAUUAUUUUUUAUUUUUAAAUGAUUUGGAUUGCGAGCAGCCCAGCCCUCGUGACAGGAACACGGGGAGCACACUCUCCUUUUGGCAGAGUCUUGCUAAUAACGUCAGUCUCUUCAAAAGCCCCAUUCCAGCCAGCGUCUUCAUUUUGGCCAGCAGGAGCAUUAGCGAAGGGAAAACCAGCUGAUGAUGUCAUCUUCAUCGCCCUGUCUUCCCCAAGUUCAUUCUUCGCCUCUUGUGUAAACCAGUAAUUAAUGGAGCCUAAUGCAGUGUCUGCAGCUGCCUGGAGCUGGAAUACCAGGGGGUCCUUUCAUUCCCCAUAUGGGCCCAGCUGGUUUUUACUGGGGUGCCUGUUCCGUUUCUACAGACCUUGGAUUUUGAGAGUAAAUAUUUUGGAUCCCGUGGCUGUGCAGACUCGCUGAGUUCUGUAACCAGAGCAAUGGUUUUCCCCUUCUAACAACUUGUGGACCCCCCACUAGUUUUCUUACAGAGGUUCAGCCUCCUCCGUGGUGAGUUUAAGCUUAGUGGUAAUGGGCUUAAUUUUCUUAGAUACUUUUUGGAGCUACAUUAGCAGCACUCCACAGACUUAGAAAAAUCCACAGGCUUGUAAAAAUUCACAGACCACGGAUUGAAAACCCUACGGAGAGUGUUUAGGGAGGUUCAGAGCUUUCCUUACACUGCCUUAUCCCUGGCUGCUCUGAAAGCCUGAGUCGUGUAAUCCCUACAGAGAGGUUUGGGAUUUUCUGCCUCCUAAACCCACGCUUGCACUUCAGCUCUCUAUUUUGAUACUGGUGGCUCUAUUGGAAAAGCUGAAGAGAGUGAGAGAAAAGGUACAAAACAACCCAAACAUUACUGAGAUGUUUUUCUGUCCACAGCAUGUCAUGCAAAAUCCAAGAAUACUUCUGCAUUUCUGGUCUGAAACAGAGCAAAGAAAUAACACCACCUCUGAGUGCUGCCUUGCUUCAUGCAACCUGGGUUUGAACAUUUCCUUCUCUUUUCACCAGUGAGUUAGACAGACACCUGCCACCGAAAAAUCCUGGAAUUUGAUCAUUUUCUGCAGCCUAAAAUUUGAUUAUUUCCUUCACGGUGCAAAUGCAUCUGUGGCCACUGUACAUAUUAUAUACGUGUGUCUGCUAACGGUUGUCCUGGCCUUUCAUUGAUGGUGACACCGGUCACCCCCAGCCUUCGUCCUGCGGGACGCCGUGACGCACCUUCCAGCGCUCCCGGCCGUUGGGCACGGGGAGCGCGGGGCCUUUGGGGGCGGUCAGGGCCCCGCGGCCCAUAAUCUGGACACUAAUCAUCCUGGCCACCUGCCAGCUGAGGAUCUCAGAGCAUCUCACGCCAAGCCUUGCACCUUGGGCUGCGGAAGGAGGACAGAGAUGCUUUCAUGCUCUGCUGAAGCGUGGCCACCCAUGAGAAGAGCUCGGCAGGUGCCCAGCAGAUGGGAACAUGGGUGGCGUUUUCUGUUCCAAAUGCAUCAGUGGCCUCAGCUGAGAGAUGGGGGAAAUACCACGUCGUCGUUGGGAAGUUGUCUUCUCUGUCACCACACUGCCCAAAGGGCAAGAAGGGAUUUUCUUCACCGUAGGGACAUCAACUCUUAUUUAUUUAUUUUUCUGUCAUCAGCACUGGAGUUGGUCACUGCCCGAAGUCAGAGCGUUCAUGAAACUUUCCGUGUCUUGGAGCAGAGCUCGUCAGGUUUCCCGGGAAGGGACGGAUGCAGUUUUGUGCGUGGAAUCUCCCUGGUGGAAAUUUGGGUCUUUCUGGAAGGACACAGCUCGGUGUGUCCCUCAGGCAGGAAGGUUUGCUGAGCACAAAACGGGCGGUGGAGUCAUUGUCGUUUCGGUACUUUGCAUGGAAUAUCACAGAACACUUUGAAAGUUAAAGUCCCUCUUUAUUAACUGGACUCACCAACUCACUUCUGAGGCUGGAAACCGUGUAUUCAUUUGGGAGCUGAAGACUCUGGUCUUGAGUCAAAAGGGCACUUACACACCCCAAGGGACAGUUGCACAGCAGUUAUCCAGAACCUCAAAAUAAAGCAUGUUUCUUAAGUGC